AUGGACGUGUUGCCCAACCAAAGACAAGCACCGUCUUCAUCAAAAUCAUCAUUAGGCGCAGGUGUGAAUCGCGAUCAACAAGUAGAAAAACUGCUAAAAGAAGUAAAGCAGCUCAAGCAAAAAGUGGAUAUACUGGACAAGGAAAACAUUGCACUCAAGAAAAGCAUUUAUGACUUAUCAGCUAGAUAUGCAGCAUCGAUUUCUCAAGGAGGUCUCAGUUACAGACCUGGGCCUUUUGUUAUAGACAAUGAAGUGUCAACUACAGGAAAAGCACAGGAGAUGAUAACCAAGGCUGUGCAAGAAGCAAGUGGUGAUAUGGAGCCCUUUCAAUCAGUAUAUCCUCAUGACUCCCGUGAUGGAAAACCAUUUCAGAUGCGUUAUGAGCUCAAGGGCCAUACAGGAGCUGUAUACACAGUUGAAUUUUCACCCAGUGGAGCUUUACUGGCAUCUGGUUCAUUUGAUAAGACUGUUCGUAUAUGGGAUACAGCAUCAGCUCAGAAGGAGACUCUCUGUUUGAAAGCGCACACACUCAACUUGUCAGACUUGGCAUGGACACCGGACUCCAGCAUGUUACUUUCAGGUGCCUAUGACGAAACAUGUAAAACAUGGGAUGUAGAGAGUGGCAAAUUAUCCAGCAGUUACGAUGCAGAAGGCCUUGUACAAUGUGUUGGUUGGGAUUUUGUAGAUUCAAACAUAUUUUAUUACGGUACGUCGAGAAAGGUGCUUGCUAUGGUUGAUAUCAGGUCAGAGGGAAAUGCUUCUGUCAUAAGAAACGACGCCAUGAUCAAUACAUUGUAUGCUUCGAGAGAUGGUAUUCAUGUCAUCACGGGCGAUGCUCAGGGCAUGCUUAAAGUGUGGGAUGUUCGAUCAAAGCAAUGUAUAUCCUCCAAAUUGAACGAUCCAUCAAAAAUGCCUAUUACGCACAUCUCCAUUGGUCGACGAAGCACAGAUGCAUCCAGAAGAGCGAUUGAUGAUUACGAUGAGCCUAGAUACAUGGCAUUGAACAGCUAUGAUAACUUGCUACGGGUCUAUGAUCGUGGCAUGGAUCCUCCUAAAUCCGAACUUCGACUGGUGCAUUCAUUAAAGGGUUUCAAAAACAAGAACUGGCCCAUCAAAUCCUCCUUUUAUUGUGGCAGUGGCUACAAUUCAUCCAUCUUGACGAAGCCGUCCAUCACCAAUGAUGCGUACGGAGAUGUUGAUCUAACACCCAACCCAGGCGAUUAUCUGUUUGAUACUCAAGAACUCAAAGAAGAAAAGAGUGUGCUACUGGCUACUGGUAGUGCUGAUCCAUACGCCUAUCUGUACAAUGUAGGCGAAGACAGCGCGGAACUCAUGCAGCGUCUUGAGGGUCACACAGAUCGAGUGUAUGCUGUCAAUUUCCAUCCUACUGAACCGAUACUGGCUAGUUGCUCUGCUGAUUUCACUGUCAAAGUAUGGGGACCCAGCUUAAACAGAGGCAAAAAGAAGACCAUCAACUAA